AUGAGUCUGCAGAUUUUAAACACGGAAAAUGGAGAAAACGGAGGAAACAUCAAUGACCAUCUAACAGCGGAAGACUCUGCCUUUUUCUUUGCACCACCAGAACCUACAGGGAGACCUUCCAUUCUACGCCUGUCCCAGAAAGAAAACUUGCCGCCAAAAAGCGUGGCAAAAGCUAUGAAAGUAACCUUUCAAACUCCUCUAAGAGAUCCUCAGACUCGAAAAAUCUUGAGUCCUACUAUGAUGGAUAAACUUGACACUACUUUCACGCUUGAUGAUUGCAGUGAAGCCUUAGUGGAUGAUCUUUUAUCUGCACCCAUCAAUGCUGACACAUGUCAACAAAAGACUGAAGCUGAUAAUACAGUGAUAAACACACAAAUGCCAGAGAAGGUCAGUGCAGCUCCUUACCCAGAUGAUGAGAUGCCAGUGAAGAGUCGAGGCUCCUACAAUCUUGAUUUUGAUAACUUAAAUGACAUCAAUCCCUUUCAAAGUUCAGUGCAGUUGCAGCAUUCUCCUGGAAAUCUGCAAGAGUCUCCUGUAAAAGCAUCUAGCAGCCCUGAGAAAAGUAAUGAUUCUCUUCUGGAUGAUACAGCUUCUUUUGCUUCAACCACAGCAAGUACAGAGUGCUCAAGUGAGGGCAAGACUCUUUUCCAGAGAAAAGAAUCUGUGCUGAGAGAGCUGGAGUCUAACAAAUCCAAGCUGUCUGCUAAGCAAGCAAUCAGUGACUGUGUGCAGGAUGUGAAGUUUGCUUCCACAGAUGUGAGCCAAAUUGAUAAUUCAUUAUCUGACGACUUAGGUCCCAGUAGUUCUGAUGUAACUAAUUCUUCUAAAACUGGAGAAUUGAAGCUUCAAAAUGUUUCAGUAGCAGAAAAAGCCUCUGCAGAAGAGCUGGCUAUCUCCAAAGGAGAACCUGCAGAAAAGCCUGAUGUCACCAAGGCUGGACCAGUAAAACUGGAAUUUGACUUUGAUAACACCACUGCUAGAAAGCCACCUCCUAAGAAACUAGGUAAAAGAACUGGACUUAAGCCACCUUCCAAGAAAACUCCUAUUACCAAAAUGAAAACAGAGAAUACUGAAGUGCAAAGUAAAAGUAGUGUGGAAGAUGAAAUCCCUGUUCCCAAAGCAUCUUAUAAGUUUGACUGGGACAAACUUGAUGAUCCAAACUUCAAUCCAUUUGGAGGAGGCUCUAAAAUUUCCAGUUCACCCGAGUGUUCUAAACCUAUCCCUCCGAAAGCUCAUCUGCAAGAGGAGCAAGUUAGUACGUCAUCAAGAAGGGAGUCUCUUCCAGUGGAGCAGGAUAACAGACCAAGUACCUGUGAAACUCUGGAGAAAAGAGAACCUAAAACUCCGGAAAACAGCAGACAGAGUGUGAUGGAAGACAAGGCUCAAACUCAAGGAGAUAAAGAAGGAGUUAAAGCAGAAGCUGAGCUUCCAGGAGAGAUAGCCAAGGAGAAGCAGAUGAGCCUGUCUAAAAUGUCUCCAGCUAAUGUCCCCUCUCAAGAUAAUAUGAUUGCUGCUGACAGUGGGAAAAAGUCAGUGUCUGCAGAAGAAAUUAAACUUAGUUCCCACAGAACUGAAAUAACAGCAGAUGAGCAAACAGCCAGCACUGAACCUGAAGAGCUCUUCAGACCAUCAUCAGAAGUUCUAGGAACAGGCAUAGAAAUAGACUAUCUGGAACAGUUUGGGACUUCAUCAUUCAAAGAGUCUGCCUUGAGGAAACAGUCACUGUAUUUGAAGUUUGACCCUCUGUUGAGAGACAGUCCGAGAAAACCAGUUUCUGGUACUAUUGAAACAAACUUGAAUAUCAUGACAGCUCCACUUCAGUGUGGUCCUGUUGCUGAUUUAAGUAAAGUGCUUGAGGAAGCUGAAAAGCCUGCAGUGAGUCUUCAAAAUGAAGAAAAACCAAAAGGACUAGAUCUUCUGGGAACUUUUACAACUUCUGACACAGAUCCUCUAAUUCCAGACACCCUGACUGGUGAUGUUCCUCCACACCCUUUUACUGCUUCCACAAACACUGCAGUGGAUGCUAUUAUAGAUGUGCUAAAAUAUAGCCAAAAAGACAUGGAUGCAGCUGUUGAACUGGUUGAGAGAGAGGUUCAAGAGAAAGAGUUGGAGAUUCAAGAAUGGAAAAAAAAGUAUGAUAAGCUUCAUAUGGAAUACAAGGAAAUGGGAAAAAUAGUUGCUGACUUCGAAGGUACAAUGACACAAAUGAUGGAGGAUGCUCAGAAUCAGAAGGAAUUUUCAAAGAAGGAAAUGCAGAGGAUGGAGGAAGAGAAGCAACAUGUUAUUUCAGAUCUGAACUUUAUGGAAAAAUCUUUCUCUGAACUCUUCAAACGAUUUGAAAAACAGAAAGAAGUGCUAGAGGGUUACCGCAAAAAUGAAGAAGCUCUGAAAAAAUGUGUUGAAGAAUACCUGGCUAGAAUUAAAAAAGAGGAGCAGAGAUAUCAGGCACUAAAGGCACAUGCUGAAGAAAAGCUGCAUCAAGCCAAUGAGGAAAUUGCCCAGGUACGAAGCAAAGCUAAAUCAGAGGCUGCAGCACUGCAAGCCAGUCUCCGUAAAGAACAAAUGAGGAUCCAGUCUUUAGAGAGGAGCCUUGAACAGAAGACGAAAGAAAAUGAUGAACUAACAAAAAUCUGUGAUGACUUGAUCUUGAAGAUGGAAAAAAUUUGA